GCGCCCCGCCCCAGCGCUGCCUUUGCCUGCGCUGCCGCCGGCGGGAGACGGCGCUGGGCGGGCGGGAGCGCCGGGUGCUCGGCGGCGAUGGGGGCAUGCUGAGGCUCCGCGAGUGCCCAUGAGGCGCCGGGCAGAGCCGAGCCGAGCCGGGCGGGCUCCAGCCAUGCAUCCCGGUGCGCCCGCGGGCACAUGGGGCAGCGCUUGAACCGCUGCCUCGAUGUCCCCGUUGCGUUGCCGCCGCUGAGGCGGAGGCUGCUGCUGCUCUCCAUCAUGCUCUUCCUCUGGCUCUACAUGUUCUACUCGUGCGCCGGUUCCUGCGCCGGGCUGGCGGCCCGCGGGUCACCCGCGCCGCMCCGCGCAGCCCAGCCGCUGCUGCCGGGGGAGCCGGGCGAAGAGAACAGCCUGGAGGAGCAGCGGGCAGCGUCCGACGCCGGCAGCCCCAUGUCCAGCUUCUUCAACGGCUCCGGCACCAAGCGGCUGCCGCAGGCCAUCAUCAUCGGCGUGAAGAAGGGGGGGACGCGGGCGCUGCUGGAGUUUCUGCGGGUGCACCCCGACGUGCGCGCCGUCGGCGCCGAGCCCCACUUCUUCGACCGCAACUACGAGCGGGGACUCGCCUGGUACAGGGACCUGAUGCCCAAGACACUGGAGGGGCAGAUCACCAUGGAGAAGACYCCCAGCUACUUUGUCACCAAGGAGGCCCCAGCYCGCAUCUCCUCCAUGUCCAAGGGCACAAAGCUCAUCGUGGUGGUGCGGGACCCUGUGACCAGAGCCAUCUCAGACUACACCCAGACRCUCUCCAAGAAGCCCGACAUCCCCACCUUUGAGAGYCUGACYUUCAAAAACAGGACUACGGGCCUGAUCGACACCUCGUGGAGCGCCAUCCAGAUUGGCAUCUACGCCAAGCACCUGGAGAACUGGCUCCUCUACUUCCCCAUYGGGCAGAUCCUCUUUGUCAGYGGSGAGAGGCUGAUCAGUGAYCCUGCGGGGGAGCUGGGCAGGGUCCAGGACUUUCUGGGCCUCAAGAGGAUCAUCACYGACAAACACUUCUACUUCAACAAAACCAAGGGGUUCCCGUGCCUGAAGAAGGCAGAAGGSAGCAGCAAACCCCAUUGUCUGGGGAAGACAAAAGGCAGGACCCACCCUGACAUCGACCAGGAGGUGGUGCAGAGGCUGCGGGAYUUCUACCGGCCCUUCAACAUGAAAUUCUACCAGAUGACAGGGCAGGACUUCGGCUGGGACUGAGCCUGGCAUGGGAAAGCCCCCUGUAAUUACUUGCCCAGCACGGUUUGCUUAUAUAAAGAGAUAUAUAUGUAUGUAAAAUGUACAGAAAUCUAUUUUAUAAUAAUUUAUUUUUAAUUCCUAAGCAAUUAAUUCACUAAGCUGCCUAACCGCACUGGCUAGAACAGUAGCCUGUAACCUGUUUAACAUUCCAUGGUGUAAUAUGUCUCUCCUUUCCUUUUUUUUCCCCCCCUUCUGCUUUCUCUUUGGUUUGGUUUGUAACAGACGGUGCUUCCACUUUUCCUAAACAAAAUUUGUAUUUAAAAAAUCAAAAAAAGCAAAGAAGRGAAGGGAGGGAGGGAAAGCACAAGUUUAUUUUUGUUACGGGUAUCUGGCCUUUAUAAACACUUGCUUUCCCUA